AUGCCUCCGAAACGAAGUGUGUGGGCCACGGAUUCCACCUUCCAUGUCAGCCAUACAAACACGCGAACUCGAACCCGAAUACCUAGGCGAACAUAUAUCAACGAACGAGCCGGCUUGGCAACAGCCAUUGAGACGGGGCGACAGUACGGAAUGCUGCCACGAUCCCGGAGGCGAAUCCGCGCCAGAAAUAUUCAGCUCACUCCGAAUCCUGGCAGCAAUGCUUUCCGCGACGGGGACGAUCCAGGACCACUGCACACGGAAGACCAUCACGAUGUCCUCCAACCAGCUCGUGUCCAUUCCAGAUUCCAUCGGCUGCGUUUAUAUGCCGAAGCACGGGAGCGUCGGACUGAAGAAUGGGCUCAAAUAGAAAGUCAAGCUGCUGCUACUUAUAUGUGGUGUGAAGCAUAUAGCAACAACUGGACUACUGGAACGUUCCCACAAGAACCUGUACCCUUUGAUUGUAGCUGCUCGCCGGAAGAGAUUUCCCCCCGCCUGGUGGACCUGAUUGAUCUUCAGCGUACGUCCUGGUCUUUUCUUGCUUCCCCAACCCAACCAUCCAAAUCACCAAACAUUUUAUGGUCUAUAUCCCAGAACGCACCACGCAAGGCAAAUUGA